AUGGAAGAGGCGCCUCUGCUCGGAGGGAUGUCCGGUCCCGAGGAGGAGAUCGUGACCGACCUUUUCAGUGCAGAGAGUCCGUUCGUUUCGGAGAACCUUGCCCUGAAAACCCCGGUGGUGGUGAAGCACGAGGAGGACGAGUUCCACGUGUUUAAAGACGCGUAUCUGAGCUCCGCGGACCCCAAGGAGCCCCUCCUGCACGCGUUCAACCCCCCGCUUCACGUGGACUGUGACAGCCAGGCGAAAGUGGAGCUCGCGGUGGACGGCAGCGACGCCGAGGAGAUGCUCCCUGAGUACCCGAGUCUCCCCGAGCUCAGCCCCCUGGAGGACGCCGCGCUGCCGGUGGUGGCCCCGCAGCCGCAGGCCUACAACGUGCACUUCCUGUCCUCCCUGCUGGCCCCGCACCGGAGUCCUGCUGUCGUGCCCCUGGGCGCCUGGGCCAGGGAAGGAGGUGCCCACCCCGGGGUCCGGGUGAUUCCAAUGGAAAUAAAGGAAGCAGGUGGUACAAUUAUAAGUAACAAUCCUGAGGAAGCAACUUUUCAGAACCCUCUUGGUCCAGAAUCCUGUUGCAAGUUCCCCUCGUCGCAAGAAGCCGAGGACGCCUCUGGCUGCUCUCAAAAGAAGGACUCUAACCCAAUGGUGAUAUGUCAGUUGAAAGGGGGUACACAAAUGCUGUGUAUAGACAAUUCUGGCACAAGAGAACUAAAAGCACUUCAUUUGGUUCCUCAGUAUCAAGACCAAAAUAAUUAUCUACAGUCAGAUGUCGCUAAACCAAUGACUACUUUAGUAGGAAGAUUUUUGCCAGUACCAGCAAAAUUAAAUCUCAUUACACAACAACUUGAAAACGGAGCCUUACCAUCCCUAGUCAAUGGGUCUGCUUUCCCUUCGGGAUCUGCUCUUCCAGGACCACCGAAACUAACCUUGGCUGGGUACUGUGACUGCUUCGCCAGUGGGGACGUCUGCAACAACUGCAACUGCAACAAUUGUUGCAACAACCUGCGCCAUGAGAUCCAGCGGGUCAAGGCCAUUCAGGCGUGUCUUGAUAGGAAUCCGGAAGCUUUCCAACCAAAAAUCGGGAAAGGGAGGUUGGGAGGCGUGAAGCCUCGGCACAACAAGGGCUGUAACUGCCGGCGCUCCGGCUGCCUGAAGAACUACUGUGAGUGCUACGAGGCCAAAAUUAUGUGUUCUUCUAUUUGCAAAUGCAUUGGUUGCAAAAAUUAUGAAGAAAGCCCAGAACGGAAAACCCUAAUGAACAUGCCCAACUCUAUGGAGGUUGGAGGGUCUGAAGGCGGCCACCAGUUGUCACCAGCUGAAUUCUCAGGACCAGCAAAAUUCAGACAAGAUCGGCGCUCGCCCUCGUGCAUCUCCUGGGAGGUGGUGGAGGCCGCGUGCGCCUGCCUGCUGGCCCAGGGCGAAGAGGCGGAGAAGGCGCGCUGCCCCGAUGGCCUGGCGGAGCAGAUGAUCCUGGAGGAGUUCGGGAGGUGCCUGUCGCAGAUUCUCCGCAUCGAGUUCAAGUCCAAAGGCCUGAAGCUUGAGUAG